AUGGUGAAUGCAGCAAGUGGUGGAGGGCUAGUGAAUAAGACUCCAGGAGAUGCAACUAGGUUGAUUGCAGAGCUAGCAGAAAAUUCUAGGCAAUUCAGUCAGAGAACUCCCACGCGCCGGGUGAAUUUAGCAAAUUCGAAUACAACUGAGUUAGAGAGUCAAAAUUUGGAAAGUCAAGUGAGCCAAAUUUCAAGUGCAGUGAGCAGACUUGAAGCUAAAGAUUCAGGAAAACUUCCAUCUCAAACGGAGUUGAAUCCUAAGCAACAAGCCAACGCUAUUACAUUGAGGAGUGGCAAGGAGCUGAAAGAGACUGAAAUUGCAACCAAGAGGGCUGAAGAGUUGAUUGGAGCUGAAGAGAAGGAAGUGGAACAUGAAGCUGUAGCAAAUCCUCCCACUUUUCCAUCUUAUGAACCUACACCACCUUUUCCUGAAUCUUUGAAAGAAACAAAGAGUGUUCCUCGAUUUGCUAAAUUUUUGAAAGAACUGUGUACUAUAAAGAGGAAGCACAGGUUAGGAGGGAAGGAAAAAGUGAAAGUGAGUGCUCAUGUUUCUGCAGUUUUCCAAAAGAAACUUCCUGAAAAAUGCAGUGAUCCUGGUAUGUUUACUGUUCCAGUUACAAUAGGGGACACCACUUUUCAUAGAGCUAUGUUGGAUUUGGGUGCAUCAAUUAAUGUUAUUCCAUAUUCCCUGUUCAAAUCUUUGGAACUUGGACCUUUACAUGAAACCGGGGUAGUGAUUCAAUUAGCUGAUAGGUCAAAUGUUUACCCUAAGGGAGUGGUGGAAGAUGUGCUUGUGAAAGUUGAUGAACUAAUUUUUCCUGCUGAUUUUUAUGUGCUUGAUAUGGAACAUGAUAGACAAGCAGUUCCCAUCUUGUUAGGAAGACCCUUCUUGAAAACUGCUAGGACUAAAAUUGAUGUUUUUACUGGUUCUUUAACUAUGGAGUUUGAUAGGCAAGAAAUUGUGUAUAACAUCUAUAAUUCCAUGAAAUAUCCUGUUGACACUCAUUCUUUGUGUUCCAUUGAUAUCAUUGAUCCUAUAGUGCAGGAUGUCUUCGAUGUUGAGGGCGAGGAUGCGCUCCUCACUUCCAUUUCUAAUGAUUUAUCUGCUGAUUGUUUGGAUAUCCCUUUGCCUAAUAGUGUGCAGAUGAUGGUAGCAGAGUUGAAUAGCCAUUCCAAGCUCCCACUUAGACCACCAGGUUCGACACCUACCCCAUUGACAGUGCCUACUGAUAAACUCUUACCUUCUGUUUUGCAGGCACCCCAGGUGGAGCUAAAACCACUUCCUGAUCAUUUGAAAUAUGUGUUCCUUGGUCCGAACGAUACUUUACCUGUUAUAAUUUCAAGCAAAUUGACCAAGGAGCAAGAGGACAAGUUGGUGGCAGUGCUGAAAGAGCACAAAGCAUGA